AGCAGGUCGUCGGCCAGGGCUGGCGUCCGAGAGGCUGCCCCAGGCAGGAGCGGGGUGGGCCCGGGCCCCCCAGGAGCGGGUCUCGUGGGUGUGGAACUGGGCAGAUGCAAAACCGGCUGUGGGUGUGGAAGGCCGGGGGGGAGGGGCGCUCCUGGGCUGGGUUAAUCGCACGGUCCCUGGGGAGGCCCCGGCCGGGCGCUGCUCCCUGCCCACGAGAGCUCGUGCAAACACCUGUCCGCUCCGCGGGGCGGCCCCGGGUUCAAAUCCCGCGGGAACCGCGGGCUGAUGCUGGGUGCGCGGCCCCGCCCCGCCGCUCCCGGGCCCCGGCAGCCAGGCCGCGGCUCCCCCCGGCGGCGCUCGCUCUGCUCCGCCCGGCAGCGGGGCCGGCCCGUGGCGAGGCGAGGCGAGGCGAGGCGGCGCCGGGACUCUGCCCAGCCCGGAGCGGGAGCGGAGCUCGGCCGGGCCGGGCCGGGCCCGCUGGAGAAGCCCCGCCCGGGGGGGCCAUGGCCGAGCGGGCCGCUGCCCAGGCUCCAGAAUGGGACGCAGAGUCAUGGUGGCCAAUGCCUUUGCAGCCACCUGCUGUCCCUGAAGAAACUUCCCUGAGAGAAACCCAGCUGCAAAGAGCCGAGAUUUCUUUGACUGUGGUGGCUGAAGUUCAAGCCGUAGAGAGGAAGGUGGAUUCUCAGGCUGCACAGUUGCUGAAUCUGGAUGGGAGAAUGGGGACAGCUGAGAAGAAACUAGUCGGCUGUGAGAAAACAAUGGUGGAGUUUGGGAACCAGCUGGAGAGUAAAUGGGCCGCGCUGGGAACUCUGAUCCAGGAGUACGGGCUGCUGCAGAGGAGGCUGGAGAACAUGGAGAACCUGCUGAAGAACAGGAACUUCUGGAUCCUGAGACUCCCCCCAGGCACUAAGGGAGAAGUCCCCAAGGGAUGGGAGAGUGCAGCCAAAUGGCAGAAGGAGCUUUGCGAAAACGUGAUGAAGGGGAACUUUGAGACUCUGAUCUCCCUGGACUCUGCGAUUUCCAAACCCAGCAUGCUGUCCCGGAUUGAACGAGGAGAGGAGCCAUGUGUUGAAGAUGAGCCGGAGGAGACAGAAAUCCCCAUGGAGCCCAGCAUGGACUCUCCGGUUCCUACACAUGAGAUUUCAUCCUGGAUUAAACAGGAGGAGGAGCUAUGUAUCAAGGAUCAGCAGGACUCAGAGGAGAGAGAGAUCCCUGCAGAUCUUAGAAUGGCAGAUGUUGAGCUCACAAUCAAAACAGAGGAGCGACAUCCCGAAGAAGGCCCUAGCAACCUAGAGCUCCCUGGGCCGUUGCCAGGACGAGCAGAGGAGAGAGCUUUCCAGGGUGCUGAACAGGAAUUGGCCGUUGGGAGUCCUUGCACUUCAAUCCGCUCUCCAGGUAACAACCUGGGGGAACUUACUCCACAUGAAAGAGAACUCAAAACUGCUGCUGCCCAUCUCCGGGGCAAUGCAGGACUAGCCCCCUAUGCAUGUGCCCAAUGUGGGAGGAACUUCACUCGAAAGGACAUGCUCCUGUCGCACGAGAGACUCCACACGGGUGAGAGGCCCUACGUGUGUGCUGACUGUGGCAAGAGCUUUAGGCUCAAGAUCAGCUUUAUGAAGCACCAGAGAUGCCACACCAAGGAGCGGCCCUAUCCGUGUAACGAAUGCCAGAAGAGCUUCAAGUGCCACUCGGCGCUCGUGCGGCACCAGAUGAUCCACAGGGGAGAGCGGCCGUAUAAAUGCGACCAGUGCAACAAAAGCUACAGCCGCAAGGAGCACCUCCAGAACCACCAGCGGCUGCACACCGGGGAGCGGCCCUUCCAGUGCGCCACCUGCGGGAAGAGCUUCAGUCAAAAGUUCGUGCUUGUCUCGCAUCAGCGCAUCCACACGGGGGAGUGGCCCUAUAAAUGCACGGAGUGCGGGAAAGGCUUCAGUGAGAAAUCCAAGCUGACCAGCCACUACAGGAUCCACACCGGCGAAAAGCCCUACAGCUGCGCCCAGUGCGGGAAGAGCUUCCGCCUCAAGGUGAGCUUCUUAAGGCACCAGACGAGCCACGGCAGCGAGAAGCCCUACCCCUGCACUCAGUGCGGCAAGAACUAUAGCUAUCACUCAGGCCUUCUCCGGCACCAGCUGAUCCACGCGGGGCAACGGCCGCAUCAGUGCAACAAGUGCGGCAAAAGCUAUGCUGAGAAGUACCGCCUGCGGAAUCACCAGCGUGUCCACGUGGACGAAGGACUGCAGCGGUGCGUCCCAUGUGGGAAGAGCGUCUCAGGGAAGCAGGACCUCCUGACCCCCCAGCAGAGCCAUGCCGACGGACGCCACCAGCGCGCCACGUGCGGGCAAAGCGUCUGGCUUGUGGAGAGCGGCUUAAAGCACCAAAGAAACCACGGCAAAGAGAAGCCCUACGAAUGCAGUGACUGCGGGAAGAGCUUCAAGUGCCAGUCGGAACUCACCCGCCACCGGAGGGUCCACACGGGGGAGAGGCCUUACAAAUGCACCAAGUGCGACAAAAGCUACAGCCAGAAGUACCAUCUCCUCCAGCACCUGCGCGUUCACACUGGGGAGCGGCCCCAUCAGUGCAGUGACUGUGGGAAGAGCUUCAUCCGGAAGGAACAUCUCCUGAAACACCAGCGGAUCCACACCGGAGGGAGGCCUCACCAGUGCAGCGAAUGCGGGAGAAGCUUCCAAUAUAAACAGUUGCUGAAAGACCAUCAGAGGGCGCAUAGAGCGGAGCCAGAUCACCUGGAGGCUUCUCCAAGGACUGAAGCCUGGGUUCCUUCAGCAAAGCUGGCCUUUGGAGUGACUCCCUGUCUCAUGCAGCAGCUGGCUACAGAUCAUCAGCUGGCCAGAUGUUGUGGCCCAUGCAGGUAUGCCGUGCUUCUGGAAACGGAGUCACAUGCUGGGCGUGGCCGUCCUGCCAUGCAUUUUCUGGUGCAUGAUAAAGACCGACUCCACGGCGAAGGCUUUCUAGCAGUCGGCGCAGCGGAGGGGCGCGCGCCGGGCGUGGAUCUGCUGGUGCUUGGUCAGCGUGGAGCGGCGGCCGAAGCGCUUGCCGCACCGUGUGCAGGGGAAAGGCUUCUCGCCGGUGUGGAUGCGGAGGUGCUCGGUGAGGUGCGACUGCUUGCGGAAGCUGCGGGCGCAGCGGCUGCAGGGGUAGGGCCGCUCGCCCGUGUGGAAGCCGUAAUGCUUGACGAAGUCGCACUUGAAGAUGAAGUGUUUCUCGCACAGGGCGCACUGGUAGGGGCCGUUCUCCAGGUGCACCCGCCGGUGGACGCUGAGGUGCUCGUUGAGGUGCGAGCGCCGGCGGAAGCCAUUGCCGCAGCGGUUGCAGCGGUACGGCCGCUCGCCGUUGUGCACUCGGCAGUGCCUCACCAGGUCCGAGCGGCGCAGGAAGUCUCUGUCGCACUUGGAGCACCACAGGAGCUGAUCUCGCUGCUGCUCGCCGCCCGGGGACUCGCCCGGAUAAGGCUCCUCCACUACGUGAACCUGGAGGUCAUCCAUUAUCUCGGUCUUGCAGAUGACAACACUCUGGUCUUCGCUGCCGCUGGACGGAUCCGCUCCCGCACGAGUCCUCUGGCUGCCGGCGGCGCCCAGCCACGGGCUGUAGCUUUCAUCGUACUUGGUGCAUGGAGGAGCCUCUGCCUCUUCUCUGGGGGCGCUCUGGUACUGCUGAGCACUGAAACCCGUUCCAGAGCCGCCAUCUUCAAUCUCUUCCUUCACACAGCAGCGAGCCUCCUGCGGGGCGGGGCCGUCGGCCUGCUGCUGCCAUCGCAAACUACCAUCACGCCGCAAAGGACACUCGAGUGGAACUUCCACCUCCCCGAAGGGCUCUGGCUUGCACUUAGUGAGGACAGCGGGAGCUUUGCCAUCGACGUCGCCGAGAGCAGCCUGGGGGGCCGUGUGCAGCUGACCACCCAAAGGCUAGUGCCAGCGAGCCACCCCUUGCGAGGGGCUGUCUUGCAAUACAUGCAGAGGGCCUGGGAUUCUGGAGACCCAGGGCUACAGCAGCAAGCACUCGCCAGGGCCCCACACUGCAGGGGGACAUUUUCCAGCUGUUGCAGCUGCGAGGAUCCGCUUGCCAUGCAGGGAGGAGAAGCUGAAGAGGCAAUGCCAGCCGGGGCCACUCUGCAGGUCCCGGUGACGUUUGAGGACGUUGCCAUCUAUUUCUCCCGGGAGGAGUGGGAGAUGCUGGCAGAGUGGCAGAAGGAGCUGUAUCGGGACGUGAUGAAGGAACAUUAUGACAAUCUGAUUUCCCUGGGCCAUGCAGGCACCAAGCCUGACGUUUUAUCCCGGAUCGAACAAGGGGGAGAGCCGUGGGUCGUGGAUCAGAAGGAGGAAAGAGAGAGGCUGGAAUGCACCUCGCUUGAGGGUGCAGGCCUGAGCAGAACUGAGGAGCAGCAGCAGGAGGAAGGGCCUGAGAACUUGGAGCCACAGGGGACUUUACCGAGUAGGUCGGAAGAGAGAGUUUUCCAGAGUCCUGAGCAGGAAGAAACUUGCCAGAGGCAGCGCAGGUCGCUGAGGCUGCAGCGGAUCUCCCCGAGGAAUGAGCCAGAUGCCCCAAGGGACUGUGAAAGGGGUGGCCAGGAACCUCCGAGGCUCCCUGCGCAGGAGAGACCGAAGACAAGCCAGAGCCCACCUACGUGUGAACUCAGCUUCGAGGGAGAGAGAGACCUUAGCGCAGACAAGUGCAGUGUCCACAAGAUAAAGGAUCCACACAAGUGCCAAGUGUGUGGGAAGUGCUUCCGGCUACGGCAGGACCUUAGGAGGCACCAGAGGAUCCACACGGGGGAGAAGCCCUACCUCUGCCUUUACUGUGGGAAGAGGUUCAGCCAGACUGCCAAUCUCUGCACCCACAAGAAGAUGCACAGAGGGGAGCGGCCGUACCCCUGCACCACCUGUGGCAAGAGCUUCCGGCAGAAGCAGCAGCUGGUGUCCCACAGCCGGAUCCACACGGGAGAGCGGCCCUACCUUUGCACGCAGUGUGCCAAGAGCUUCCGCUGUAAGCAGGGGCUCAGGGCCCACCAGAAAACCCACGUGGGAGAGGGAGGCUCUGAGGGGAGCCAGGCCAAAGGACGGGUCUUCACCUGCCCCAAGUGCAAGGCUGUCUUCACUCACAGGCACGACUUCCUAGCGCACCGGCGAGCACACGCCACCAGCGAGCAGCCCUACCAGUGUGCCGACUGCGGGAGGCGCUUCAGACAGCGGCAGCAGCUGAUUCCGCACCGCCGGAUCCACACCGGGGAGCGACCCUACAGCUGCCCUCUCUGUGGGAAGAGCUUCCGGCGCAGGCAGGAGCUGACCACGCACCAGAGAAUCCACACGGACGAGAGGCCCUUCUGCUGCCCCGAGUGCCCGCGCAGCUUCAGGGAGAAGCAGAAGCUGAGGAGACACCAGAGAAUCCACACAGACGAGAGGCCCUAUGCCUGCCCAGAGUGCGAGAAAUGCUUCCGGCAGAAGCAGCAGAUGGUGUCCCACCUCCGGAUCCACACGGACGAGCGGCCCUAUGCCUGCUCGGAGUGCGGGAAAUGCUUCCGGCGGAAAGACUCCCUCGCCAAACACCAGAGAACCCACCAAAGGGCCCAGACAUAGGGCUUGUCUACACUACCACUUAAGUCAAUGUAACGUACGUCGCUUGGGGAUGUGAAAAAGUCCCCCCCCGCCCCCCGAGCAACGCAAGUGACAUCGACUUAAAGCACUGUCCACACCGUGCUAUGUCGGCAGGAGACACUCUCCCGCCGACAUGGUUUCCUCCUCUCGUUGAGAUGGAGUAAUUAUGCCGACGGGCGAGCGUUCUCCCAUCACACAGUGCAUCUUCACCGUACGCACUACAGCGGCGCAGCUGCAUCGGUGCGUGGUAGUGUAGACUAGACCAUAGUCAAUGCAGUCGUCCUGCCCCAAACUCCCUCCUGGUUUCCCCCAUGGAGGGGAAACCCCUUCCGCAGGGACUCAGAGAAACCACCCCCGGAGCCAUCACCCCUUCAUAGCUCUCGGCAGAGAACAGAGGGGAAGAAACACUACAGACACACAUCCACCCUGGAGAAGGCGAAGGAGCUGCACCUCCAUUCCUUCAAAGGGUCCAGGCAGCCACAGUCUCACAUUUAUUGUUUCUUUGAUGAAUUUGAAUCAUUAUAGAGGGACCUUGUCCUUCCUGUGAACCCCGGUAAAGCCCUUCUGUUCUCUCCUCUGUGAAGUUGUCCUAGGACAGGCAGGAUUUCCGAGCUCUCUGUAUUUGCCUGCCCUGUAAAGGGCAGGUCGAUUGGGUGUAUGUGAGGUUCCCUGUGUGGUGGGAGAGGCAUACACAGGUGAAAACCAUGACACGGUGCAGUAGUUUAAUAGAUUCAUAGAGCUGAAGGCCAGAAGGGACCAUUAGAUCAUCUAGUCUCACCUCCUGUCUAGUACAGGCCAGUCAGUUUCACUCUGUUACCCCUGUAUUGAACCCAGUCACUUGUGUUUGACUAAAGCAUCUUCCAGAAAGGCAACCCGUCUUGAUCAAGAGAUGGAGAAUCCACUCUUUCUGCAGGUAGUUUGUUCCUCACUAUCAGAAACAUGUGCCUUAUUUCUAACUUGCCUUUGCCUGACUUCAGCUUCCAGCUCUUGAUUCUUGUUGUGCCUUUCUGCACUAGAUGAGAAAGUUCUGGAGUGCCUGGUAUUUUCUCCCAAUGAAGGUACUGCUAUAUUGUGAUCAAGUGACUUCUCAAUCUUCUUUGCACUAAGCUAAACAGUUUGAGCUCUAAGUCUCUCAUUGUCAGGCAUUUUCUCCAGCUCUUGAAUCCUUUUUCUGGCUGUUUUCUGCACCCUCUCCAAUUUGUCAACAUCCUUUUUAAAAUGUGGACCCCAGAACCAGAUGCAGUAUCCCAGUACUAGCAGUCUCCCCGGUGCUCUAUACAGAAGUAAAAUCACUUCCCUACUGCCCUGUUUGCACACCCAGGAUCACGUUAGCCCUUUUUUGCCACAGCAUCCGACUGGGAGCUCGCAUGAGUUACUUGUCCACUUGGUACAGGGGGUAGCCGUGUUAGUCUGUAUCCACAAAAACAACGAGGAGGCAGAACCGUGCGGAGGUGCCAGUCUUUAAGGUGCCACCCGACUCCUCGUUGUUUUUGGCCACUAGGACUCUAAAUCCUUUCCAGAUUCAUUGAUUUCUGGGAUAAGUCCCCCGUUCUGUAGGGAUGGUCUGCAUUCCUUGUUUCUAGAUCUAUAACUUUGGGUGUGGCUGUAUUUAAAUGCAUUGUGUUUGAAUGGACCCAUUUUACCAAGCAAACCAGAUUGCUGUGUAUGACUGCCCUGUCCUCAUCAUUAGUCCACACCCUGCUAAUUAUUGUGUCACCCACAGCUUUGAUCAGCGGUGAUUUUAUAUUUAUGUCCAGAUUACCGAUGAAUGUUAAAUAGCACUGGCCCUAGUGCCAAUCCCUAGAGAGCCCCGCUAGAAACACUCCCCUUCAGCGAUGCUGAUGCACCAUUGACAACUCCUUUUGGAGCUCUGUCCGCUUGCCAGUUCUUAAUCCUUUUAAUUGGGGUUUUACUGCUAUCGUACAGUGCCCAUUUUGUAAUCAGAAUGUCAUGUGGUACUAAGUCAACCCCCUCACAAAAGUCUAUUAUAUUUAAAGUUAUCUUUGUCAACCAAACAUGUAAUCACACCACAAAAAUGACAUCAUGGUUUGUAACAAGACCUAUUUUCCAUAAAACCAUCUUGACUGGAAUUAAUUAUAUUCCUAUCAUUUAAUUCUUUAUCAACUGAAUCCUGUAUCAGCUUUUCCAUGAUUUUAUCCAGGAUUGACAUUAGGCUACCUGGCCUGUAGUGCUCCAGGUCAUCUCACUUGCUUUUUUUGAAUAUUGGCACAAUGUUACCACUCCUCCAGACUUCUGGAAUUUUCCUGAUAUUUCAAGAUUUAUUAAAAAUUAACAUCAGCGGACCAAACUUGGGUCUCUUGGGUGCAAGUUAUUUAGGCCUGCUGAUUUUAAAAUGUUUAUCCCUAGGAGAUAUUGUUUUACAUCCUCUUUGGUUACUAAUGGAUUGGAAAGUACUCCAUCAUCCUCAUAUGAUAUGAGUACAUCAUCCUGCUUCUUUCCAAAUACAGAACAGAAAUAUUUAUUGAACACUUCUGCCUUUUCUGCAUUAUUAUUAGUGGAGGGAGGGAUAGCCUCCUAAAGCCAGGGUUGUGAGUUUAAUCCUUCAAGGGACCACUUAGGGAUCUGGGGCAAAAAUCCGUAUAUAGUCCUACUAGUGAAGGCAGACUGGAGUCAAUGAACUUUCAGGGUCCCAUUCAGAUCUAUGAGAUAGGUAUAUCUCCAUCUAUUAUACUAUUGUUGGAUUUCUUUUGUUCUUAAUACACUUAAAAAAAAUCCUUCUUAUUGUCCUGAUUCAUGUCAGCUAUGGAUGUUUCCAGCUUCCCUUAUCAAUUUUCUACACUUCAUAACUUCUAAUUUGCAUUGAUUGCUAUCUAGUCCCUUUUUCCCCCAUUUGUUAUGCUGUAUAUUAUUUUUUAUUUCUAAUUUAUGCCUUCGAUUCACCCCUGAACCAGGAUGGCCUUUUAACCAAAGUCAUCUUCUUUCUUGAUUGUAGAAUUGUGGCUUUUUGGCCACCUAAUAAACUUUUCUUAAAGAA